GAGAGUAGACCGUCGUCCAGUGUCCUGUGCCCUGUGUCCAGUGUGUUUAGUGUUGAAGAACAAAAAUGAAGUGCCUGAUUGUGCUAUCGGUGAUGGCCGUGGGCUGUGCCCUCGCUCAAAACCUCAACGAUGGACGCUACUACCCAGAGGUGUUGCAUGCCAAAUUCAAUGACGGAAAGUGGCGCCCACAAGACAGUGGAAAAUACAUUGCCUCUGCCGGAUCGGGUGGAUCUGGAUCAGGUGUAGGUAGUCGUUUUGGAAGUUCGUCGGGUGGUUUCAAUGACGUUUCCGUCAAUGCCUUCGUUGCUCCUGUUCAAGCCGCUCCAGCUCCAGCCUUUGUAGCUUCUUCCGGCUUCGGCUCUGCUGGCUCCAAGAAGAGUGGAUCCGGAGGAUUUGGAAGCUCUUCCAGCAACGGUCAGGUUAUUGGAGUCAAGGAAGAUACCCGUGAGCUGAACGAAGAUGGUUCCUACUUCUACAAAGUUCUGAGCGAAAACGACAUCGAGUUCUCCGAGACUGGACGCCUCGAGAACACCGGAUCCGAAACCGACACCAUGCGCGUCAAGGGAUACUACCAAUUCGUCGCCGAUGAUGGUAUCACGUAUCGCGUCGACUACAUUGCCGAUGAGAACGGAUUCCAGCCAACUGGUGAUCAUCUGCCAACCCCACCACCGAUUCCAGCGGAAAUCCUGGAAUCUCUGAAAUCCCAGGGACUGAUCUAAAUUUUACAGUUGUUUCGAAAACAGAAAGUGUUCAUUAGAUUGUAAAUUGUGACCUGAUUGUGAUAACUAAUGCUCUGAUCAAGGGAGGGUAUGGGACGAAAUAAAGUUAUUCCAUAGUAAA